AUGACAGCCCUUGUGGACAGUGAGGCAGACGCCAAUAUCGGCGCGACCGACGACGGCCAGAAUCCAGAGUAUAUCGAAGCACCUGGCGAUGCAUCGGGAAGCGACUUCGAAGAUGUUGACACAGAUGGAGAGGAUCCAGAAGGCAAGCCUGUCCGAUUGUCUAAAAGCCAAAAGAAGGCGUUGGCUAAAGCACGCUAUAGAGAAUGGCGCAGAGAAAAACGGCACAGGAACCGCAGAGAAACAAGGAAAAGGGAACAGCAAGCGCGUAGUGAAUUACUCAGUGGAAUGACAGAGGAGGAACGCAGUGCGUUCUUUUUACGAGAAAAGCAAAUGGCGGAGGAAAAGAAGCUGCAGCAGCAGGCGUUCAUACAGGACGCAUACGAAAACGGCAUGCCCAUAUGCAUCAACUGCACCUUCCACGAGUUCAUGAACGAAAAGAUGCAGGAAUCCAAGAGUCUAGCCAGGCAAAUCGCAGGAAUGUACAGCAAAAUCAAAAAGAACGAGGCGAAGGUCAAACUUAUCAUCACUGGAAUGAGCAAAGACACUGUACUGUACAAGCACAUGCAGUUCUUCAACGUUGAUGCCUGGAAGGUGCACAUCCACAGCCAAAACUACUGGGAGCUGUUCGACACGCAAAAUGUGGUUGUACUGACCCCGGACGCGGAAGAAUGCAUCGAGGAAGUGGAGCAUGACAAGGUUUACAUCAUCGGGGGACUGGUCGACGUUAACGUGAAAAAGAAGACCACACUCACACAGGCCAAGGAACGCGGGGUCACGGCGAUGGCCCUGCCGAUCAAGAAAUACUUCCCCAACUGCAAGAAAAGGGUGCUCAAUGUAUGCGCCGUUUUCGAAAUACUUAUAAUGAGGGCGAACAACAGCACGUGGGAGGAGGCGUUCCAAACGUGGAUUCCCACACGGGCUCGCACCGAUGACACAAAACAAUUAACCGAAUAG